AUGUCAUCCGUGCCUAUAGCAGAGUUGAACCAGAGGGCGUUUGAAUUAAGGGUUGUGCUGCUGGGCAAGAACAGCUCAGAGAUCAGCAGAGUGGCAAACUCGAUCCUGGGAAGAGACAUGUUUGAUACUGAAGCUCCUCCUCCUUCAGUACAGCGGCACAGUGAGAGAGCCAGAGGAAAUGUGGAGGGAAGAUAUAUCACCCUCAUCAACACUCCUCACCUGUUUGAUCCUGAACUCUCUAUGUAUAAGAUCACAGUGCGGAUUAAAGAGUGCAUGUCUCUGUGUUCUCCUGGACCUCAUGUUAUAGUGCUGGUUCUACAGCCAGAUGACUUCACUGAGACAGACAGCAACCGAAUGGAUCACAUCUUCAGCUCUCUGUCUGAGGAGGCCCAUAAAUACACCCUGGUUCUGUCAACACAGGACAAAGAAACUGGCACCAGUGCAGGCCCAGUUCAGGAGAACAUCAUACAGAAAGUCAUCACAAAAUACAGUAACAGACAUUUAGAGUGGAGUAUGUUUAGUUGUGCAACUUUUGUGGAAAUGAUAGAAAAGAUAGUUGAAGAGAAUGGAGGGAGCCUUAUCUGUGAGGAGUUUGAGGAGGCUCCACUUUCUUUAGAACAGAAAGGGUCUGAGCAAACAACAGAAGUGAAAGAGGAUUAUCAUACAAAAGAGCAAGAGCAUGAAGAAACAGAAGAACUACAAGAGUAUGACCAAAUGGAACUGGAGGAACAUGAGGAGACAACAGAACUGCAUGAAUAUGAUCAAACAAAACAGCAAGGAUUUGAAGGUGAUCUACCUCAACAGAAGCAAGAGAAAAUUAAAACACCUCUAAUGACCAGUGUGACCAAACAUUUAAGUGGUAAUUCAGCCUUUGUCAGCCGAUCAAAAGAUGUGACCACGAUGGACCCAGCAGAGUUGGAACCCAUCAAAACUGCCCUGCAAAGUCAGGGUGUCAUUAUUGGCUGGCAUGAGCAGCUGUUACAGAACAUGACGCAGCAGCUGACCCUUCUGGUCAGGGCACAGACUGAGGGGGUUCAGCCUGCCAGUGCUGCUGCUGCUCCUGCCCCUGCUUUGGAGCUGGGUUUCAUAGGCCCAUCCUCCUCUCCCGCAGGAGCAGGCUUCUUCUUCGUUGGAAAGAAGGAUGGAGGCCUCCGCCCUUACGUGGAUUACCGUGGUCUCAACACCAUCACCAUAAAAGACCGCCAUCCCCUGCCCCUCAUGUCAACAGCAUUUGAGGCACUGCAGCAAGCCGCAAUAUUCACUAAGCUGGACUUGCACAAUGCUUACAACCUCAUCUGCAUUAGGCAGGGGGAUGAAUGGAAGACGGCGUUCAUCACCCCCACUGGGCAUUAUGAGUACCAGUCCUCAGAGAGGCCCUGGGUCAUUAAUGUGUACGUCUACCUCGAUGACAUACUCAUUUACAGUCGCUCCCUCGAGGAACACGUCGGGCACGUCAGGCGGAUCCUGCAGCUAUUGCUGGAGAACCGCCUAUACGUUAAGCUGGAGAAGUCGGUGUUCCAUGUCUCUACAAAAGGUGUGACCACCAUGGACCCAGCAGAGUUGGAACCUAUCAAAACUGCCCUGCAAAGUCAGGGUGCCGUUAUUGGCCAGCAUGAGCAGGAGCAGCCUUCUUCUUCGUUGGAAAGAAGGAUGGAGGCCUCCACUGGGCAUUAUGAGUACCGGGUAAUGCCCUUCAGCCUGGCUCUGGGUCACUUCAAUCCCAAUAAAGGUGUGACCACCAUGGACCCAGCAGAGUUGGAACCUAUCAAAACUGCCCUGCAAAGUCAGGGUGCCGUUAUUGGCCAGCAUGAGCAGGAGCAGCCUUCUUCUUCGUUGGAAAGAAGGAUGGAGGCCUCCACUGGGCAUUAUGAGUACCGGGUAAUGCCCUUCAGCCUGGCUCUGGCACCCAAACCAAGAUCAAACGUAGUCCUGCUUGGGAGGGAAAAAGAAGCGAAGACUUCAAUAUCUAAACUUCUACUUGGUAAAAAAUUCUCUACAUCUCACAUGGCCAAGAAAGUGAAACAGAAGUCCAGUUCAGUGUAUGUGAGAAUGAUGGGAGAGGUAUCUGGACAUCUGGUCACUCUGGUGGAGAUGCCAGCUCUCUACAACACUCAGCUCUCAGAAAAGGAACUGAUACAGGAGGCUUUCCACUGUGUCUCUCUCUGUGGUCCUGGAGUUCAUGCCUUUUUCAUAGUCAUUUCUGAAGGCUGCCUCACUGAUGAAGACAAAGGAGAAAUGGAAAUGAUCCAGAGGAUUUUCGGUUCAGGACUCAACAAGAACACUAUAGUCCUGAUCAGCCAGCAAUCUCAGAGCAAAAAACUAGAUGCCAAUGUUAAGAAAUUGAUAAAGGCUUUUGGCAGACGAUACAAAUUUGUUGAUGGCGAAACAGAUUCAACACAGCUGAUUAAAUGUUUGAAGUUGCUUCAUACAGAGAGCAGAGGGAGCCUGUACACCAUGGACAUGUAUGUAGAUGCCCAGGUUGAAACACAGCUGCAGUACAAAAGACAGAUUGAAAAUCUACAACAGAAAAUCAGUGAUCUCACACUGAGAAACUGGAGUCAAACGCAAGGUUCAUCAAAAGGCCCUGAGACGUUGCGGAUUGUUCUGCUGGGGAAGACAGGAGUUGGGAAGAGUGCAACAGGAAACACCAUCUUGGGGAAAGAGGAUAUGUUCAAUGAAGAUAUUGGUGGAUCAGUUACUGUUGUGUGUCAGAAAGAGACAGCUGACAUAAAUGGGAGGCAGAUCAAUGUGAUUGACACUCCAGGACUGUUUGAUACUAAUGUUCCUAAUGUGGAGAUCACUAAAGAGAUCACUAAGUGCAUCUCCAUGGCAGCUCCAGGUCCACAUGUGUUCCUCCUGGUGCUGAGCAUUGGACAGCGCUUCACCCAAGAGGAGCAAGACACAGUGAAUAUGAUCAGAGAUACAUUUGGUGAGAAAUCUAAAAUGUACACUAUAGUGGUCUUCAGUAAAGGAGAUUUGCUAAAAGGAAACACAGUUGAACAAUAUAUACAGAAGUGUGGACCAACCUUGAAAAGAUUUCUGUUUGACUUUGGUAACAGAUAUCAUGUGCUCAACAACAGCAAUAAAAGCUGCUCCACCCAGGUCACUGAUCUACUGGAGAAGAUUGACUCCAUGGUGACAGUGAAUGGAGGAAGCUGCUACACUAAUGAGAUGUUCCAGCAGGUAGAGAAAGCUCUACAAGAUGAACAGGAGAGAAUACUGAAGGAGAAAGAGGAGGAGAUAGAAAGAGAGAAAGAAAGACUGAAAACCAAAUAUGAAGCUGAAAUGGAGGGUAUGAGAAUAGAGAUACAGAGAGAAAAAGAAAGACAAGAAGCAGAAGGGAGAAAAAGAGAGAAAGAAUUUAAAGAAAAAGAACUGGAGAUAAAAAGAGAGAUGACUGAAAGGGAAAGGAAACAAAGAGAAGACAUAAAGAGAAGAAAAGAAGAAGAUGAGAAGAAGAUGCAAGAGUGGAUGGCUGAGAUUAACAGAGAAAGAGAGGAGAACAGACAACGGUGGGAAAAACAAAGAGAGGAAGACCAGAGACGGAGAGAUCAGGAGGAGGAGGAAAGAAGAAAGAAAGAAGAAGAAUGGAAGAAGAAACAGAAAGAGGAAAGAGAGAAGUUUGAGAAAGAAAGAGAAGACAUGAAAAAGACUGUAAGAGAAGAACUAAUGAAAUUACAGCAUGGCUAUAAACAAAAGGCAGAAGAGGAGGAGAAAAGACGAAAGGAACUGGAAGAGAAAAUCCAGCGUGCAGAGGAAAGUAAAAAGAAGGAGCUACAAGAGCUGCAGUUCACUCAGCAGAGAGAGUGGAUAAAGAGGAUGGAGGAGGAGGAGAAGAGGAGAGACAAACAACAGAAAUAUUGGGAGAAAACAAUUGCAUCAAUGGAGGAAGCCUGGUAUUUACAGCAGGCUAGAAAGCAAAAACAUUAUGAAUGGGAAAAGCAAAAAGAAAAGGAGGAGAGAGAUUUAAAAGAAAAGGAGAGAAAAGAGAAAGAAGAACAGGAGAGGAAACGAAUAGAAAAUGAGGCAAAUGAAAAAAUAAGACAGAUGAAGGAACAACUGGAGGCACAAAGAGAGAAAGAGGAGAAAGAAAGAAAUGAAAAAGAAGAACAACUCAGAAAGGAAAUGGAAAAACAAUUACUGAUGCAGAUGGAGACUUUUACAAAAGAGAGAGAGGAGAUAGAGACAAUGUGGUGUGAAGUGGAAAGGACAAAUCUUGAAAUAAUUGUAGAGAUUCACCAAAGACAGAUGGAGAAUCUUAAAACACAGACUGAACGAAUAGCAAGAAAACAGGCAGAGGAGGAUUUUUAUGUCAAACUUGAUCAAAAGGUAAAAGUGGCGAGAGUCAAAGGAUUUGUAGAGGGUUGUGCAGAGGUAGAGGCAGAAAGAACAGCACUGGGCAGAAGAGUAGAUCGAUUUGUUCAUCAUGUUUGUAAGACAAAGAAGGAUGAAAUAGAGGAAGAAGACAGACAAUCUGAUAUGAAAGGUAGUUUCAGUACACAUUUAACAACAUAUGUUUAACAACAUAUAACUGCAUUCCAUUCUGUCGUUUUCUU